AUGGGACAAGUGUGCGCAAAACGAGAGAGAGAUUCUGACUUAAGCACCUCGUUCGGCAUAAACUCGUUUUUGGAGAUGAGCUCUGGACGCUCUGGAAAUGGUGGCGGUGGCGGCGGUGGACAGCAGAAAAUGAGAAUUCGGCCAUUUAUGACAACUGUUGAUGAGCAAUACGUGACGCAAACAUGGGAACUCCUCAAACGUGCCAUCCAGGAGAUUCAACGCAAGAACAAUUCGGGUCUCAGCUUCGAGGAGCUCUAUCGCAAUGCCUACACAAUGGUGCUCCACAAGCACGGCGAACGUCUCUACAAUGGUCUACGUGAAGUGAUUCAAGAGCACAUGGAGGUCGUCCGCGUUCGUAUCAUCGAAUCAAUGGACUCUGGCGUGUUUCUGGAGACAAUGGCUGAGGCGUGGAACGAUCAUACUGUUGCAAUGGUCAUGAUUCGCGAUAUUCUGAUGUAUAUGGAUAGAAUUUACGUUGCGCAGAAUCCGUCAGUCUUGCAAGUGUACAAUCUGGGUCUCGAGUCGUUUCGAACCGAGAUUUUGAGAAAUAACGGGAUUGGCGAUCGAUUGAGAGAUUCGCUUUUGGAGCUCAUCAAGUCGGAUCGAAAAUCGAAUCAAAUCAAUUGGCAUGGAAUCAAGAAUGCGUGUGAGAUGUUGGUCUCGUUGGGAAUCGACAACCGUAAAGUUUAUGAAGAGGAGUUUGAGAAGCCGUUGCUCAAAGAAACGUGUGAAUAUUAUCGAGAAGUUUGUGAGACUCUGCUGGCCGGAGAGAACGACGCAUGCUUCUACCUGGAACAAGUGGAAACUGCGAUUCACGACGAAGCGAAUCGCGCAUCUAGAUAUCUUGACAAGGAGACGGAAGUGAAGAUUUUGCAAGUGAUGGAUGACGUAAUGGUGGCUAAUCACAUGAGCACAAUUGUCUAUAUGCCGAACGGAGGUGUGAAGUUUAUGCUUCAGCAUAAGAGAGUCGAGGAUCUAACACGCAUUUUCCGCAUUUUCAAACGCAUCACCGAGUCGCCAGCGGUGCCAGUCAGUGGUCUGAAAGUGCUGUUGAAGGCUGUUAGCGAAUACCUCACCGAAACCGGAACGAACAUUGUGAAAAAUGAGGAUCUUCUCAAGGCCCCCGUACAGUUUGUCAACGAACUCCUCCAACUGAAAGACUACUUUUCGAGUCUCCUAACCACCGCAUUCGGUGAUGAUCGUGAAUUCAAGAAUCGCUUCCAGCACGACUUUGAGACAUUCCUCAACUCGAAUCGUCAAUCUCCAGAAUUCGUCGCCCACUACAUGGACGAUAUGCUUCGUAGCGGUCUUAAAUGUGUCUCUGACGCCGAAAUGGAUAAUAAGCUUGACAAUGUGAUGAUAUUAUUCCGCUACUUGCAAGAGAAGGAUGUGUUUGAGAAGUAUUUCAAGCAGUACCUCGCCAAACGUUUGUUGCUAGACAAAUCGUCGUCGGAUGAUGUGGAGAAGGCGUUGCUGGCAAAACUGAAGACAGAGUGUGGAUGUCAGUUUACACAGAGGCUCGAGAACAUGUUCAGAGAUAAGGAACUCUGGUUGAAUCUGGCCAACAGCUUCAGAGACUGGCGUGAAGGUCCUCAAGGGCACAAACUCACUAUGGACAUAUCGUUGAGAGUGCUGACUGCUGGUGUCUGGCCGACGGUUCAGUGUACGCCGGUUGUGCUGCCACAGGAGUUGGCAUUGGCUUAUGAUAUGUUCACUGCAUUCUACACUGAAAAGCACACUGGACGAAAACUAACCAUCAAUACGCUUCUCGGAAACGCUGAUGUCAAGGCGACGUUCUAUCCACCACCGAAAGCUUCGCAAUCCAACGAGGAGAAUGGUCCGGGACCAUCGAACGCUGGAGGAGAGCCAAAGGAGAGGAAGCCAGAGAACAAGAUACUACAGGUCACCACGCAUCAGAUGAUCAUUCUUCUACAGUUCAAUCACCGCAAAGUGAUUUCGUGUCAACAGCUGCUUGAUGAUUUGAAGAUCCCGGAGAAAGAAUUGAAGAGAUGUUUACAGUCGCUGGCGCUGAGUAAAUCGUCGCAACGCAUUUUGAAUCGUAAAGGACCCAAGGGACGGGAUAUGAUUGACAUGUCUGAUGAGUUCAUUGUCAAUGAUAACUUCCAAUCGAAACUGACACGUGUCAAAGUGCAGAUGGUUUCUGGAAAAGUGGAAUCAGAGCCGGAAAUUAAGGAGACACGUCAGAAGGUGGAGGAUGACAGAAAGCUGGAGGUCGAGGCGGCAAUCGUUAGAAUUAUGAAGGCCAGAAAGCGAUUGAAUCAUAAUAAUCUGGUCACAGAGGUCACCCAACAACUUCGACACCGUUUCAUGCCCUCCCCAACCAUUAUCAAGCAGAGAAUCGAAACGUUGAUCGAAAGAGAGUACUUGCAACGAGAUGAACAGGAUCACCGCUCCUAUUCUUACAUUGCUUAA